AAUAUCAAUGAAUUGGUCCUUCAAAACUUUUAAGCUAACCUAUAAAAGGAUCAUUAAUUAAUGGACUGGCAACCGAAAAUCACAAAAAACACAAACAGAUCAUGGCUCCUAAUUAUGUGAUGAUGAUGGUGGUGGUAGUAGUUAAUCUGAUGAUUUUCUUUUCUCUAUGUUUUGGUGCCACUGUGAAUAUGGUAGUCAAAGCUGGAUGCAGUGAAAGUUGUGGCAAUAUCAGCGUCCCUUUCCCUUUUGGGAUGACCCAAGAUUGUUCUCUACACAGGCAGUUCCUUGUCACUUGUAAUUACUCCUUUCAACCAGCUCCAAAGCUUUUCUUAGGAAACAGCACCAUUGAAAUAACAAAAAUAUCUCUUACCGGCCAACUUAGCGUCUUACGAUUAUUUUCCAGAGAUUGUUAUCGUGAUGGGAUAAGAACGAACAGUAACAGCCCAUGGUUAACAUUAUCAUCACUGCUAAGUGUAAACUACACCGCCAAUAAGUUCAUCGCAGUUGGCUGUGACACAUAUGCCAUUGUUCGGGGUCAUUAUAGAAGGCAUAAUUCUAACAUCAGCGAGUCCUACGUAACAGGAUGCAUGUCCAUGUGCAAUAGUAUGGAUGAUGGUGAUAAUAACUUAUGUUCUGGUGUUGGUUGUUGCAAGACAUCCAUCCCCGAGGGAGCAUGGAGUGCCAACAUAACACUAAGUAGCUACAACAAUUAUACUUAUGUGACAGAUAACAACACUAGUUGCAGCUAUGCUUUUGUAGUCGAAGAAGCUACUUUUAACUUUUCAAAGAAUUACCUCAGCAGGUUGCACAACAAGAAAAAGCUUCCUAUUGUGCUAGAUUGGUCAAUUGGUAAAGAAACAUGUGAAGUGGCUAAGAGAAACUCCACUGCAUAUGCAUGUAAGAGCAACAACAGUGAUUGUCAUGAUAAUUCAAUUGGAUAUCGUUGUUCCUGCAUGCAAGGAUAUGAUGGAAAUCCAUAUUUGGAAGAUGGUUGCCAAGAUACGGACGAAUGUAUAGAUCGGAAAGAAGAUUAUAGGUGUGCCAAAGAUGCGAUUUGCACGAAUACAGAAGGGAACUAUACAUGCACCUGCCCUCCAGAUUUCACCGGUGAUGGUACUGAAUGCCAUCGUGACAAUCCUCAGAGAAAAAUUCAUAAUAAUGUUGUUACAGCUGUUACAGUUGGAGUUGCGUUGCUGGUAAUUAUAAUUUGUAGCUGGGCAUACACUGGAUUCCAAAGGAAAAAGAUUUUAAUGAUGAAGAAGAAGUUUUUCAAAGAAAAUGGUGGAUUAGUUCUACAGCAACGACUCACGGGGGAAGAGGGGAAUAGAAUAAAGAUUUUCACAGCAGAAGAGCUAGAAAUGGCAACUAAUGACUUUGACAAAGAUAGAGUUGUUGGUCAAGGAGGUUUUGGAACUGUGUACAAAGGAUAUCUGAAAGAUAAUCGCAUUGUUGCCAUCAAGAAAUCUAAGGUAAUUGAUCGAAACCAAAUUGAGCAAUUCAUAAAUGAAGUCAUUGUCCUCUCCCAAAUAAACCAUAGAAAUGUGGUUAAGCUCUUAGGUUGUUGCCUUGAGACGGAAGUUCCACUAUUGGUAUAUGAAUUUAUCAACAAUGGAACACUUUCUGAACAAUUACAUGAUAAAGUUAAGGCCUCUACUUUUUCUUUGGACAUUCGUCUGAGAGUUGCUGCUGAAACAGCUGGAGUACUUUCCUACUUGCACUCAGCCGCUUACCCCCCAAUCAUCCAUAGAGAUAUCAAGUCUGUCAACAUUCUUAUGGACAAAAGCUACACAGCCAAAGUGUCUGAUUUUGGAGCAUCCAGGUUGGUUCCUGCUGAUCAAACAGAGAUAUCUACAUUGGUUCAAGGAACUCUGGGAUAUCUAGAUCCUGAAUACUUGCAAACGAAUCAACUCACUGAAAAAAGUGAUGUAUAUAGUUUUGGAGUAGUGCUUGUAGAGCUUCUAACAGGAAGAAAGGCUCUAUGUUUUGAAAGACCGGAAAAGGAGAGAAGUCUUGCUCAAUAUUUCAUAUCUUCAGUGGAGAAGGAUAAUUUGUUCGAUAUUCUAGACGAUAAUAUAGUGUGUGAUGAAAGAAACAGAGUGCAGUUGAAAAAUGUUGCUAAGCUUGCACAAAGGUGCUUACAUGUAAAAGGGGAUGCUAGACCUACAAUGAAGGAAGUUGCAGCAGAACUAGAAGCUGAAUUGAGAUUGAAGCAGUCCUGGGCUCAAACUGAUCAAAAUUCAGAGGAAGUAGAAUCCUUACUGCAGGGUACUGAAUCAUUGGAACUUGGAUACAAAUAUAGUGAACACAGUAUCAAUAUUGAUAGUAUAGCGAACCACAUAAAUUUAACACUUCCUGGAGCAAGGUGAUCGAUUAUGCAUCUUUUAGCUCCGAAAUAUGAACUUCAGCAUGAAUAUCUUUUCCUCUUGGGCAUGUUAAAAAUAGGAACUAAUGUUUGAUUUUGUAGCAUUCUGUUAUUUUUCAAUAUUUGUUAUGUCAAGUGUACUUAUUUUGAAUCUUGGUAAUAGUUAGCAUA